AUGUGCCGUGGCACCGAAACUCAACGUUCUUCGCCAUGUCAUCGUAAAUGCUCUUACGUCGAGGCUUUUCAGCAGGCGAACUGUGAAUACAGAUCAUUGGAUACUAUACCAAUCGAAUGCAAUGCUGCUUCGUAUCUAUCGCUCCGUUACAAUAACAUCGCAAAAAUACGACCUGAGAUUUUUAGAGGUUUUCCUUUCCUGAAAUACCUCUUACUAUCAAACAACAACAUCUCACAUAUCGAAGCAAAUGCAUUCAUCGGGGCACCUCAACUUAAGUCUAUCAAACUGCUCUACAACAAUCUUCAGGUGUUCGAUCGGUACGCACUAAACGGAACAGAAAACCGACUCCGAAACAUCUACUUGAGUAGGAACUCACUUAGAGUCAUCGAGAACGGAACCUUCCAACUCGUACCAAAGCUGGAAGUUAUUGAUCUGUACCAGAACCGUCUUUCUCAACUCACUUCCGGUGUCUUCCAACAUUUAAAAAACCUCGAGCGUCUUUUCCUCGGCAUGAACAAACUGGUUGAUCUUCCUGAGGAUGUCUUCAAAGACCUAUCUUCCUUGGUCUACUUAGACCUGUCCAACAAUUCUCUCACAACUCUUUACAUUAAUGUUUUUGCACAUAUGGAUUACCUAAUGACCAUUGAUCUCUCUGGUAAUCGAUUGAUUUCUAUUGGCAAUGUUCUUCAUCUUCCGAAUAUUCGUUUGGAUUUAAGAUGGAACAAACUUCAUCAACUUGACAAUUUGACCUUGGAGAUCUUGACAAGUAACGCCGAAAUUCUGUUUCUGAAAGACAAUCCUUGGCUUUGCGACUGUAGUAUGGAGCCAUUGCGUCAAUGGUUUCAACAACUAUCCAUAAGCAACAAUAAGGACGUCAAGAUUGAUGAUCCAGUGUGUUCGUACCCGAGCGAAUUAGCAGAUCACACUAUCAAUUACCUUAACGUAUCUUUGUGCACUUCUACAUCAACUUCCCUUCCCUUGACUUCUAACAAUGAAUUCCAUAAUAAUGAUAAUGUUGGAAUUGACAAGAACGUAUCAAAGUACCAAGAUUCUGUCACAGAGAGAGCUGAAAGUGGAAAAAGAGAUGAUAAAUUAUUGAUUGUGAUCGUUGGAGUUGUAGUAGCAUUUACCAUUCUGAUUGUGGUUAUAGUAAUCAUUGUGAUAAAGUUUCGAAAGAGACAUUCGGAUGAAACAGGCAGUGAUGAGCUAAAUGUAAGCAUACCUUUAAAGCCUCGCGAACAAUUCGACAAUACGUCUCAUGGAGGCAAAAUGUUAACACCAGAGAAAGAAAUUCUGAACAAAGAAAAAAAUGUUGAAAGGUGUAGCAAAAAACUCAACUUUAUACCUUCAGAAUCUAUCUGCUGAUCCUUAAAGCUACUGCCUCUUUUCAUUAUUAUUUCUUUAAUUUUUGUAUUUAUUUUGAAUCAUUCCUUUCCUGUAAAUAAUAAUGAUUACUUGUAAAGUACACUGCAAAAAUGCCGGUGUUAAAUCAACACCAGCCCGGAAUCUAUACAUGUCCACACCAGAGAAGUGUUAAACAACACCAGUUUGGUUUUGGUCUAGCACCAGAUAGGUGUUUAUACAACACCAAGUAGUAUUAAAACAGCAUCGGUUUGAUUCCAAACUGAUAGUGUUGUUUUAAUAGUUCUCUGGUAUGGACAUAAUAAAUUCCGGGAUGUUGUUAAAUUAGCACCGGCGUUUUUGCAGUGUAAUUAUGCGGAUUUAAUUCAAUAUAACAUACAAAAAUAACUCUGAGGAUAAAGAACAAGAAGAAAAUAAUGGUACUAUCGAUCAGUCGGACAAUUUCAUCUUCUUUGUUAUUUAAUGGGUUUCCUUGAGAACAUUAUAGGCUAUAAUACUUCAUCGUGUAGGCCAAAAUUGUGAAAUAUUUCAUCAAAGCCAAAUGUUAUUAGAAAAAGCUAUUGAAAUAAAGAAAAUGGGGAUUAGUAUCCUUGAUCAAGUUACGGUUUGGGUUAACAUCGCUUAAUAUCAAAAUUAUUUAGAUUUUUUUAUGUUAUUGACUCAUUUGCAGCUGUAUGUAAUUAUAACUUGAUUUAUUAUUGAUCUAUGAAUGUAUUCCGAUAUUAUACUGUGAGUGGGAGCUAAGAAAUUAUUUCAAUCAGUUUCUCCCUUUCCCUUUAUCAUGUUUAUGUCCUAGCCUUCUUGGUCUGGAGAUUACAGAUUACAUCGAAUACAAUUAUAUUGAGAAGAUGUACUCCCAGACUGCAUCAAGAUAGCCGUCACAGAGCAAUGAUAUUAAUCAUAGUUCUCUUUUUUCCACAAAGCUCUAUAAAACUGGAGGACUGAUUUAGCACCCAUUCGGAUUUUCAGCAAGAAGUUCGCAACGCAUUUAUUUGUCAUUGAGCUAGGCCAUUUUUUUCUUCUUCAGAUUUUUCAUCUAUAUUAUUGGUUCUGUGGUAAAAAGAUACUGCGUGUCAUGCAGUAAAGACUUUGCAGUCACAAAGAGCUGGAAUUUUCAAAGUUUACAAUAUAGAGAUAUUUUUUUUAUAUUCUUAGGCAUCGGUCUCUUCUAUCGGUUAUAUGACAUUUGCUCUGGCGACAAAUGCUACACCAUAAAUUCCACAUACAAAUAUGAUUGCGAUAAAAACACUAUUAUAUUGCCGCGGCGUGUUCUCAUUCUUUCAUACAUCUUUAGUCCUUGAAACUUUCGUCUAAAAACGAAAAGCCUUAACAUGAAUGUUCCUUCUUGGGGGUAAUGUGCAAUACUCCUAGCUGUAGUAGCCUGAUUUUUUUUUUCCAUUUGAUUUAGAUAUGUGUCAAAUCAUAAUUGCCUCGGGUGCCUUUUUUAGUUUUUGUUUGUAUUUUAUUUUGUGUCCAUCAAAGUGGAACGCUUGUGUGCAAGUCGAAUUGUUGUCAUGGAGAAAAUGUGUUUUUAAAAUUGAUAAUGCGGAAUCGAGUUUCCACUUUUAGCUUGUAUAUAGAUUUAAAGUGUCAUUAUACUUCUAAUGAUUCGUCUCCUAAUUACUACUGGGAUAAUUUUGUGAUCUGUAUAUAUUAUUAUCAUUCUAACUAUCUCUAGAUUAAAUCUUGGUUUAAUCAUUGGUGGUUUAAUGAAUGAGGACACUAAAAGGCAACCACACUGAGCAGAUUAACGUUGUAUUCAUUUUAACAGUGAUAUAAUGGCAGAUCAAUAUUAAUAUUUUGCUAAAGAAAAAUUUGCAAUCUGCUUUCAUACUGAAUUGAAUUUAUUUUCAUACUUCACAAGAUAACAAAAUAAUAACAUAAUACAAGAAAUACAUUUGAUUACAUAGGAAAUACAAAGAUAAUGGCAGUAAAUAAAGUGAAAUAUGAAGGAACCUGCAUAAAAAGCAGAGCUUGUAAAGUCUGCAGGUUCCUUAAAGUAAUUAUGAAGUUCGUAAGGAGAUCGGACACUAAAUAAAAAUCAGACUACAAAGGAAAAACCAAAGAUUAGCGCAAAAUCACGGGGUAAAGAAUUAGAGGAGAAGUGGACAAUGUGAAAUAUAGGAGGGGAAUGAGCGAAGAAUGAAAAAAAAAAAAAACUAUAUCACAGAAUACCUUUAAAAGGUACAAAUCAAAUACAUUAUAUGUAUUCAGCCAGUGCGUCUUAACGGUGUCCAUAACUGGACAAAAGAAAUGAUUUCAGUUUACAUUUAAACAUACUUAGGGAUAAACAGCUAGUUAUUUCGUUUGGAAGAUUAUUCCAAAGCCUUGGUCCUUCGAAUACAAUUGUUCUUUGAGCAAAUAACGUACGAGUACGUGGGAACUAUUUGUCUAUUUACUGAAAAGUUUUUACAAGUUUACUUGGACUUUGUAUCCAUGUUAUCUAUGCACGAGCUUUCAUUUUUCCUGUGCAUUGUAUACAUGUAUUUUGAUUGCCCAAAAUGACAUACUUUAUACUUUAUGAGCAAUAAUUUUCAUAACUCAUUCAAUGUAAA